AUGUUCUGCUGUCUCUUGUACGCACAAACCGCGUUGGGCAUUUGCGAGAUGUUCGCCGUCUGAUUGUCGCUGUUAGCAGAGCGAGGCUGGGUUUAUAUGUAUUUGGCUGUUGGCCUCUCUUUAGUAACUGCGUUGAGCUACUCCCCGUCUUCAGACAGUUUGCGCAGCAGCCGCUGCAGUUGGCUUUGCAUUUAGAAGAAACAGAAUUCAGAGACACUUUAAAGGGACACACGGAGGCUAUUGAAAAAGGAAUGCCACCACCGCCUCGGGGUCCGGUGACGUAUAUAAGUGGAGUAGAGGAGAUGCAGCAGUUGGUGCAGCAGCAUGCAGCUCGUCGUGUUGCAGCCUUGAAGCAGCAGCUGCUGCAACAGCAGCCGCAACAGCAGCAGAUGCUGCGUCCGCAGCAGCUGGAAGCAGCAGCAGAAACAGAAGCAGCACGACUUGCUGCACUAGAGCCAGACCAUGAACGAAGGCCCCUACCGGGUUUGAGAGGCCUCUUAGGCCCUGAGAUGCAGCAUCCCCAGCACUCCCCUGUUGCUGCUGCUGCUGCAGCAACAGAAAGUGGUGCUGCAGGUCGUGCAGCAACAGCUGCUGCAACAGAGGCAUCGAGCGAAAGGAAGGAUGGGCAAGGAGAGGAGACAGCAGAAAAUGAAGAAGAAAAGGAAAAAGACAAGGAGACAGCAGCAGAGCAAGAAAGAGAAGAACGUACAGACACCCCAGCUGUCUCCAAGUGA